AUAUUUAAGCUCUUACACUCCAUAUACCUCCUCAAUACUCUGUAAUAUAAUUCGGGACGCCUGCCAAAUAUAAAUUGAUAAAAUUUACAUUAUUUUUCAUAUAUUUUCGAAAUCAUUAACGUCAAUCAAUAACUGAUGUCAGAAUUAGCCUCUGAAUUUCGAAACCUACUUGAUUGGUUAUGCAGUGAAGAGGCUUUGACUUCACUCGAUAAUACGAUCAGGUUAAUGCAAGAACUUACUGUGAAGAAGGAUAAACUUUUUAGUAUUUUCGAGAGCCAGCCGAAGAAUGAAGAGCAUCGCAAAACUCUACGAUCUGGAAAACCAUUGAUUAAUGGCAUCGAAUAUAAAGUCAAUGAAGAAUUUAUCAAUCAAGCUGUCUUCCUGUCAGAUCAGUUGGAUAUUAACGAGUAUGAAGCUUCACGAUUAUUAUUAAGUGGCAUUGGUAAAAGGUCUUCCAGUAACCUCUGCCCUUUGGAUAUGGCUGUUUUCACCUAUCACGACGAAAGAGGCUACGCAUUAGCCAUAUUGAAUUUUAUACUCGAGUUUGCUAGUAAUGAUGACCUUGCUUCUGAUAUAAGGUCCUUAUUUAUAAACUUUGUGGGCGAUAACUUUGACAAUACGGAUAACACCACAAUAGUCAAGCGAUUGUUAAAACGCGAAAAAGAUAUUGUGAACUCUAUUAAUGCUUUCACGAAAGAUGGAAAAUUGAAAUCAGGGUUUGAUAAUAAUUUCGCAAAAUCUCAAACACAGCAAAGCCAACCGCAGCAGUUGCAGCAACAGACGUCGUUGUUCAGCCAACCACAAGCACAGCAACAACAGCCUUCGCUCUUUGGUAGCAGCCAACCUCAACAACAGCCUCAACAACAGGCUUCACUCUUUGGUAGCAGCCAGCCUCAACAACAGCAAGGAAGCUCUCUCUUCUCACAGACACAGCAAAAGCCUUCACUGGGUUCACAGAUCCCACCACAGCAACAACAGCAGCAACAGCAGUUAAAUCUUAAGGAAGAAUUGACGUUCAACGAUAAAACAGAGAAAUUUCAUAUUAAGCGAUUAGCUGAUGAGCGAAACUUCCUAGUCCAAAUCUUAUACAAUAUGACUCAUUUAUACUGGUUGCGAGAAACAGAUAUCACAGCAUUAUUUUCACGAGUACAAUCCGCCAACCUUUCAGAUGCAUCGUGUUCAUACAUUCUCACUGCGCUUUUUGCUGCAAUAUCAGUGCAUCCCAAAGAACGAGAAGCGUAUAAUUGGACCAAGAAUGACGAAAUUUUGAAGAAAAUAAACGAUAAAGUCAACAGCACCACAUGGAAAACAGGAAUUUUGCAGGCAACUGUUCAAGUACAAUGGGCUUUAUCUGUGGAUAAGAUCAGCAAGACAUACCCUAAUAUUGAGACAGUACUUUCGAUGAAGGAAAAAGAACGUUUACAAUAUAUGGAAGCGGCUGUAAAUAAGGAUGCAUUCGGGUUUAUGAAUGACUAUCUGUUAUACUUCAAACAAAGGAAAUUAGAAGAAGAGAAAAGAAAUACAAUUCAAGACAUGGAUAUCGAUGAAGCAGACAUGAUCAUCGACGGUUUAGUGGUUGAUCCUAAUGAUUAUACGAAAUUUGAUGUUGAUAUCUGCCAUGAUUUCCAAAAUUAUACUGUAUUGCAAUUAGAAUAUUUGGCAGAAUCCUUCAUCUACGCAAUGUCUAAAUACUUUGACAAUCUGAAAAUGGCAGCAGUAACUUCUACAACUGAUUUGUCGGAAUUAUCAACUGAAUAUAGAUCCCCUUAUACCACUUUACAGCAGUUUCUGACGUUAUUGUCGAGUAUUUAUAAAGACCGUUUGAACACUGGUUUCAAAUAUUGGGAUCGUACAAAUGGAUUGUCAACAUUUGUAGCAUAUUUGAUUGAAUUUCAAGCACCUGAACUUUUUGCGGCUACAUUCGAAUUCUUGGGCGCCAUAUCCACAGGAGAGAAGUGUGCGCCUUUAGCUCAUAAUGUCCUAAAAUCGGGCAUUACUUUAGCUGACUUAUCGUCCAGCCAUCUCUUCUCGUGGGGUAAAUUAUUCUCUGCUCUUCAUUUUUACAGCAAACAAUAUGCUGAGCAAACGGUCAAGGAUGAAACACCUAUUAUCCCUGCAAACGAGGAAACAACACUGUGUAAAUUCUUAUAUCUUUGUCAACAAGUGGUACAGUACAGUGCCGAAGCACGUUCAGCGAUUUGGUACGACCCUAUUCUUCGAGCCCAUGAAUCAAUCGUUAGCAUGAUAAGUUGUCCUACCUCCACUCAAUUGCGUACCUCGCUCUAUGGUUUGUUAACAGCCUUCUGUUCUAAUUGGGGUGGUGGUGUGGAUCAUAUCGGUGAAAAAAUUGCAAUAGACGUAUGGCAAACUUUGGAACGCUCUGACAUGGUGAUACCUAACAAAAACAUGGUUCUAAGUUCAGCAGUUACUACUACAACAUCUGUACCUGUACAAUCGACCAGACCCAAUACUUUGUUUGAGGGCAAUGAUGCUACGUCUUAUGCUCAGCAAUUGCACGCUCGAAACAUUCUCAAUAAGUCAAGCGUUACUACAAGGCUCAGAGAUCCCGAUUAUGUUCCUUCCUAUCUAUUACCAGAGCAGCCUUCGGGGUUCUUGCAUGAAUUUGAGGAUGAGAAGAGUAAAAAACUUUAUACCGAAACCAUUGCUGUAUUGGAUUUGCUGGCCUCUUUGAUUCAUACGCAAAGUAAAAGAGAUUACCUAAUCUCUGGAUUCGUGCCAGAUGUAUCCUCUAUUCCUUUCUGCCUUGGUUCUGAUAACAACCGUACACCAGGUAUAGCACCUUAUAUCUCUCUCGUAAUCGAUCACAUUAUGUCGUCUCUUAGAGAUCUCUCAUAUACACACCCUGAAACAAAAUGGCAGUUAACAGCUGCUUGUUUGCGUAUUGUUGAAAAUAGCAUCAUGUCGUUCAACUUCGAGCCAGUGUGUGCUUAUAUUCAAUCUAUUACACAGCCUCAAUUCAACAAGAGUACGAACGAAAGCGAUUCUAUGAGAAACAGCAUACUUGGAAAUCGUACAAAUGGUGAAGAUGGGAAUGUCUCUGCUAAUGUACAAACAGCUUUAUUGAGGUGUGUAACGCAUCCUGGGUAUGAUAUUAUGAUUCGACUUCUCUCCGGUAGUGGUUUACUGCAUGAAAUUUUUGACAUUAUUACUACGGAUGAAGAAAAGAAGGAUGAGGGCAACGUUGUGAUGAGAACCAAGAAAUAUGAUUAUUAUCGAACUUGUUUGACACGUUGUUUGCGUAUUCUCAAAAGAGCAUACAUUGCUCAAAACAUGUUUAUCAACGUAUUUAUGCAUCAAUUAAGCCGUGCAUCCAGUUCGUUGCCUAUGGGUCAGUUCAAGUUAGGUCAAUUCAGCUUCCCUACACCACCUGCUUCCUUACGUCCUCUUAGUGCGCUUAUGUUAAGCAAUAAAGAAGCCAUAGUUCAAAUUGCUUUAAUGGUCAAGUACGAGCCUUCCUUGGAAAUAAGUCACCUCUCCACAGAUCUUUUGUCGUUGCUCGCUUCUAAACCCGAUGAAAAUACAGAAGAAAUUAAACCCCUUGAUCAUGUCUAUAUACCACUUGGUGGUAUUGGUUCUAAAUUGGUUCAAAUACUAUUAUCUAGUGAUAAAGCAAACGAGAUCAUACUUAAUGUGGAAGAACAGCUGGCAAUUGAAACACCUGAAAGAAUCACCUACGAUGACUAUGAGUUUGACAUAAACGUUAUACCAUUUUGGUUGGCUGAAAAGACUUUAAAAAACGUAUACAGAUACAAUCAAGACAUUGAAUACCGCUAUCCGUCAUCGAUUCGUAUAUCUCUCAUAGAUGCUCUGAUAAAGCAUGCUGAAAAAGAUAUGCCAUCUCCUAACCUAACGGAAUUCUUACUAGGCUAUGACGUGAAGGAUAUCAAAUUAGAAGACGUACAACAAAGAUCAAUGGCUGAUGCUGAUCAAUCACAUUUUGCUUGCUUGGCUUCUCUUUUAUCUAUGCUUCGAAGAGGCACCCAAUCGGCCACUACCAACAAAGAUAAUACAGAGGAUGAUAAUGAAGCAGACAAUCAUAAUCGGGACCCAUUUAUUCAAUCGCACCCUAUCUUAGCAGAAAAAUGCUAUCAGCUCGUUUAUAAAUUGUGCGCACGUGAAUCGAUAUCUGCAGAGACACUAAAUUAUCUUCGACAUAACGAUAACUUCCUAAUCGAGCAAUUCCAACUGAUUAAACAUCGUUUAGAAAGCUCAGUUAAAGUGGCAGAGCCUUAUUUUGCAGGUGAAAUGAUAUCUUCUGGAGGACAAGUUGUCAAGACAGACUACUUUACUCUUGUUAAUGCUUUACACCAACGUGCCUGGAUAUUGAAGCUGAUUGCUCUCCAGUUACAUCAAAGUGAUGAAAAGUCAACAAUGCUUCCCUUGCUCCGCGCACUUUAUGGCGUGGAUAUAUCCGAUAGCGACAUUGCUGGGCAACUUGAAAAUCUUAGUUUAAUGACAGGUUAUCAGCAACCUCAUUGCGAUAUGCUUGAAAUCAUCAGCUCUCUGGACUUUAAAUGGAAUGAUGGAUUAGACAGAAAUCAGCAAUUGGAUACUCCAAGCAAAUACUUUCAGAACGUCAAACCGGAAGAUUACAUGUUCAAAAAGGAUGGGUACGAGCUUUAUGAUAUUCGACGCAUUUAUCAGAAGCUUCGACAAAUGCAAAUCAUCGCCCAUGAGCAAAACGCUUUACCUGCUAAUGAACAAACCGAUUUGGAAAUGGAGAUGGGAGCUAUUUUGAGACGUUUAAUGGCGGAUAACCAUCAUCGUGAAAUUGAAAAUGCUCGCUUACAUUGCUUACGCGCAUGGAAGCAAGUAGUGGAAGUCACUUUGUCUGAUUGCAUUGAUACUUUCACCUUCGAGGCUCGUGAACGAAUCAUUUAUGAUUUGCUAACGGAAUUAUUGCCCAAACUUAUCAGCGAAGAUUAUCUCCAUAUCGGAAUUAUGAAGGGGUUAAGCGAAGUGAUUUUGAGCCUUUUGACGCGAUUGCGUGAGGAUAAGCGUCGUCAAACACUUCUUCAAAUCAUACCUUUGAACAAUAACCAAGCAGUGUCAACUUCCGGCUUGCCCACUGAGAAACUAGGCAUGGUUUUCAGCCUUUUAAUCACUGCCAUUCUCAGGAAGACAUGUACUAUUGAAAUACGUAGUACAUUGUAUUCGGCUCUCAUCAAUUUACUUCAAUAUACCUCACCUGAACAUCAAAAUCACACAAGGAGAACUUCUUCAGCUGAUCAAAUUCGCCAGCAAGUAGUGGACAUUAUUCGAGGCGAGCACAAGGAAUCCUUGCUAGAUCUUAUUUCUCAAGAUGCGAAUCAAGGCUUGGAUGACUAUAGAUCUACUGCCUAUGCUGCUCUGGAAGCCAUCUAUGUCUUUGUCAGUCAAGAAGGCGAUUCAUCUGUACUUACUUAUCUUAUGAGGAACAACUUUUUGAAGUAUGCUAUUGAAUUCAUAAGACGUUAUGAUGAAAGCUUUUUAUCUUUGAUUGAACACCGGGAUACAUCCCUUAUACCUCUUCGUAUCUAUGAAGCACAAAUAUCGCUCUUCUUACAGUUUGCUUCAACGCGAGAGGGAGCUACCCUAUUAUUAAACACUGGUAUCCUGCAGACCUUAUCUAAGUGUAAAUUCCUCAAUGUCCGUAUUGAAGAAGCUAGAAACAAAGACAACCCACGGGCCUUGGAACGUCAUCGCCGCUUACUCAAUCCCAUUUUGGAACUUAUUAACGUCAUGCUAAAGAGUCUUAACAAUAUCCAAAUAUAUGACACUACUCAGUUUGAGCAAUGGAUCGCAAAACAAGAUGCUAUUCUGGAAAUUUUGAAAGAUCAAUACAAGCAAACAACGCUUUCUUCAUUGUAUACCCUUCAAUUAGCCUCGUUAAUGGUUUAUCAACUCAGUUGUCGUCAUGAUUAUUUCCUAGGCUUGGAAAACAGAGGUUUAGAUAUGAUUGAUUCUGCUAUGAAAAGUUUGAUUUCUAAAUAUGCCUUUUCAGGUGUUUGGAUAUCUGCUGUUGUAUUAAUUGACAAAGAGGAGGAGACUUGGGCUAUUGAUGAAACUCAAGAAACAACCGAUAAGCAAGGAAAGGAAUUGUUCCUUGUUGUUAAAGCAGAGAAGCUCAUGAACGAUAUUAUGAACAAUCUCUUGGCUUACGCUCGAUUGUCUACGUUCAGACCUUACAAACUUACUGGUUCCCGAAUCUUUACGCCCAUCUUUGCCAAUUGUCUUGAGCCCAUUGAGAAUCAAUCGCCUGCUCAUUUACGCAAAGCUUCUUUAAUGACACCUUCUUUGACAACGCUUGCUGCUUGUAUAUCAUUUGCCAGCAAAAAGUUGAAUAUGGCCAUUAGUGCUUAUGAUUCACUUUGCUUACAAAAAGAGAACGUCACUUCUUUGAAAUAUGAAGAGAUAAUGGAAGUGGUUCAUACAGCAAUUCCUAAAGGGCUCAAUAUCGAAUUUGAAAGCCUCAAUCCUUCACAACAAACACAUGUUUUGUCGACUGAAUUGGCUCGACGCUGUCAUUCAAAGAAAAAGGAAUUGAACGACUUGAAAUUCACGAUUGAAAAUGCUCUGUUUAUUCUAUGGCGACACUUGGAAUUUUACUUGGAUAGACACUCUAUUUCUACUUCUGUGGAAAUCAGUCCUUGUCAAAGAUAUGCAAACGAAAAGGUGAUAUUGCACCAGCAAUCUUUCUUUCAAACUUCACCUGCUGUCAUCAAUCAACUGAAGAAAACUUGCCAGACUGUUCUGGAGCCACUUCUACUCAAGUUAGAAUGUGUUCCUCGUUCUUAUCUUGACUCUACUUUUAUCGUAGAGUUAUGUAAACGUUCAAAAAAAUGCUUCAAAGCAUGAAUGCUAAGCAUCAACUAUUUUGAACGUACAAUAAUUUGAAAUCAUAUUAUGCUUUGUAAAUAAAUAAUAGUCAUUUGUAUCGUACAAUUCCUUUUUUCAUCUUAUUAAAUUUUAUUUAUCCA